AUGAAAACGCCAUCAACUGCCCGCAUUUCCUCCUCCAACAUCAAUCGCACUCCAAAGGCUGGUAAGGCUAUGUAUGAAAAUCACUUUCCCGUUGGGCAAACUCUAUCAAGCACUCUUCCCUCCAAUAGGAAAUCAUCAACAGGGUCAACACUCCAUAAGUAUAACACUCAUUCAGCAGGCACCAAUGCUUCUCCUUCCUUAAAUAUUGUUGCAUUACUCGACAAUCAAGCAAGGGAAGUUGGGUUUGCUGUUUUCAAUCUCAGAACGAAUUCGGUUAGACUUACUCAGUACAACGAAGGCUCCAGCUACAUCAAUACUUGCAACAUGUUGAAGGUGUAUGAACCUGCAGAAGUAUUGUUUCCGAAAACGUUGUACGAUACCAAGUUGUCCUCUGUGGUAAAGCAAGAGCUAGAAAGCAACAGUGAAGGAACUUCCAACAAGGCGAAAAUAACGUUCAUAGCAAGAAAGCUUUUCAAUGAGAAUAAGGGUAAUGAAUACAUUAAUACCUUGUUGAUGGAUCAUGAAAAUUCUUCAAUUCAAUCCGACGUCGUUUCCAAGUACCUUAGCGUUAGUGCUUUAUCUGCCGUCAUACAAUAUGUGGAGUAUGUACAGGAGAUUACCUUCCAACCAAGAAGUCUGAGAAUCUCCUAUGUUGCAUGCGACGGGCAUCUCAUGAUAGAUUCAUCAAGCAUUUCGUCUUUGGAAUUGGUGAGAAGUUUGAAGUAUGGGAAUGGAGUCUCAACUUUGCUUUCUCAUCUCGACUACACCAAGACUCCAAUGGGUAAACGUAUUUUACGGACCAAUUUGUUGCAACCACUAUUAGACAUAACAUCUCUCAACGCAAGGUUAGAUACAGUGGAUGAAAUACUGGCUAACGAAAAGGAGUUUUUUGAAGUCGGUGCACUUCUUUCAGAGUUCAAUAUAGACAUUGCUCAUCUACUAACCCAAUUCACUCACACCAAACGUUCUUCCUCUGCCAGAUGUUCUCAUUCAUGUGUGCUUAAUAUUAUUUGUUUGAGAAAAAUAAUUGAAAAAGUUCCUCUGCUUGAAGAAAAGCUCAGAUCGUACACCACUCCAAUUUUAAAAGCUAUAUCUCAAUCGUUAGAAUAUCAGGAAUUAUCGAGUCUAAAACAAAGCAUCGAUGAAAUCAUUAAUGAAAAAGGCAUUGUAAACUGCAAAAACAAGCAGCAGCAAGUUAUCUUUUCUGUGGCAGCUAACGUGGAUGCUUUGUUGGAUAUUGGAAGAAAGAAAUAUAUUGAGACAGUAGAAGAAAUACAGAGCCAUCACAAAUAUUGUCAAGCAGAAACUGGCGUAUCAUCUCUAAAACUUCGGUACAAUGUAAGAAGAGGUUAUCACUUCACUUAUGAGGAUAAUGUUCAUUUGUCACAUGAGGCUCAAAAGUUGUUGAUCCAAAGACUAAAGAAAGGGAAGAUCGUCCAUUGUUCUACUGAAGAGCUAAACUCUCUGAACGUGCGCAUGAAAGAAAUUCUUGAUGAGAUAUAUCUAAUGACAGAAAUGGUUGUCAGCAGGCUUACAGAAAUUAUUAAGACUCAUAUCAGUGAUCUGUACAAAUUAGGUGAAUCUAUUGGUCUUCUUGAUAUGCUAUUCUCCUUUGCUACUCUUGUUACGUUAAAUAAUAGCUACAUCAGACCUCAGUUUUGCACCGAAGGACCAACUGCCAUUAAGCAAGGAAGGCACCCUGUCUUAGAAAAAAAUUUAAACGGAGAAUAUGUCGCCAAUGACACAUAUCUAUCAGAAUCAAGUAAUUUUCACAUUAUAACAGGAGCCAACAUGUCAGGAAAAUCUACCUACCUGAAACAGGUUGCUUGUAUCCAAAUUAUCAGCCAAAUAGGAUGUUAUGUACCAUGUAGUUAUUGCAAUAUUAGAAUUGCAGACCGAAUAUUUACCAGAAUUGGUAACAAUGACAAUAUUGAAAAUAAUAGUAGCACUUUCAUGGUUGAAAUGAAAGAAGUCACCAACAUCGUUCAAAAUGUAACUAACAAAAGCUUAAUAAUAAUCGACGAGCUUGGAAGAAGUUCGAGCAAUAUUGAAGGAACCGCAAUUGCAUGGAGUAUUGCAGAACAUCUAAGUUCAUUACGCUCAUAUUCACUCUUUGCUACUCAUUACACUGAAAUGAGUGAUUUGGAGAAUUUAUAUCCCAACAUUAAAAAUUCACACCUUAGAGUGACAACCACACAAGAUGGCGAGUUGAAUUAUCUCUACCAAUUACAACCUGGAAGCUGCUCAGAAGAUAGAUACGGAAUUAAGUUAGCAAAAAUGUUAGGUAUAAAUUCUGCAAUCAUCAAUGAAAGUGAGAUCAUUUUAGAAGAGCUCAUAAAGAAAAAGCAAAAACCACAACAUGAUGACCAAAGUAACAAAGAGUGGAAGUUGGUAUUUGGUAUUGCAUCGAAAUUAAUUGCUCAUUCAGACUCUGAAUAUGAAAUGUUCAAAGACACAGUGCUAAAACUUAAACAAGCGCUCAAUUAG